AUGGCGCAAAAGGCCGGCCAGAAGAGGAAAGUGGUCGAAGUGCCGCGGCCCGGGAGCGACAGUGAGGAUGAAGGUCUGGGUGAUGUGCAGCUGAAUGGCGGCUUCGAGGCAGAAGAGAGCUCUCAAGAUGAUAGCGAAGAGGAGUUUGACGAGGACGAGGAGGACGAGGAGGACGAGGACGAGGAGGACGAGGAGGACGAGGAAGCAUUAGAGGAACUCGACAGCGACGAGAUUCCGUCGUCAGAGGACGAAGAGGAUGUGCGACAGCAACUGCGGAAGCUCAAAACGAAUGGCAGACCUUCGACACCGCCGGAAAAGCUCAUGGGCAGCGACACUGGCAGAGACAUCAGCACGAUAUCGCCAGACACGAGAUCAAAGCCUCUGCAACACAACGAGCAGCCGCCGAACUAUCGGAUCGAGAAGGACGCGAACGGCAACGAGCGCUAUGUCUACGGAGAGAUCGAGCCAAACUACGACUCCGAUGAUUCCGACGCGCCUGCCACCAGCAACACGAUCGGCAACAUCCCGCUGUCAUACUACGAUGCAUACCCGCACAUAGGCUACGACAUCAACGGCCGGAGGAUUGCGCGACCGGCGAAGGGCCAAGCACUAGACUCGCUACUGGACAGCAUCGACGUGCCGGAAGGCUGGACGGGCCUGACGGAUCCCACUACGGGCAAGCCGCUGGUCCUGAACGCGGAAGAGCUGGAGACAUUGAAGAAGCUCACCCGCAAUGAGCAGCCGGGCGAUGGCUACGAUCCAUACCCGGAGUAUGUGGAGUGGUUCACAGGGAAGCACCGGGAGGAAAUCAUGCCUCUAUCUGCAGCCCCGGAACCAAAGCGACGCUUCGUGCCUUCCAUGCACGAGCACAAGCGUGUCAUGAAGAUGGUCAAGGCGAUCAAGGAAGGCAGGAUCAAGCCAUUCAGAGAACCGACAGACGAAGAGCGGGAGAGGGAAGAGGCUGCACAGGAGUAUGCCAACUACGACAUCUGGUCGAACGAGGUCGGAAGGCCCGACCACAUCAUGAACGUGCCUGCGCCCAAACUUCCACCUCCCGGAUACGAAGAGAGCUAUCACCCACCUCCAGAGUAUCUGCCUGACAGGCACGAACAGAAAGAGUGGGACGAGCAAGAUCCCGAGGAUCGCGCCAAGGACUUCUUGCCACGCGACCAUGCUGCGCUGCGCAAGGUGCCGGGUUGGGACAAUUUCGUGUCAGAGCGCAUGAACCGAUGUCUGGACCUCUACCUGGCUCCGCGCGUACGACGAAGCAAGCUCAACAUCGAUCCCGAGUCCUUACUACCCAAGCUGCCGGACCCUUCAGAGUUGAAGCCGUUUCCGACCUUCAACGAUACGACAUACCUUGGGCAUGAUGGACGCGUACGAUGCACCGCCGUCGAUCCUGCGGGUCGUUUCAUUGCUUCUGGAAGCGACGACGGUACUGUUCGACUUUGGAGCUUUGGCACUGGACGACAAGAAGGCCGGAUCAAACUCUCUUCUUCUGAUGCUGUCAAUGUCGUGGCAUGGAGGCCGAUCCGCAACGCAAGACCUGGCAACGGUCCAUCAGAAGCGUGUGUGAUAGCAGCUUGCUGUGGCGAUAUCGUCUACUUCAUCAUUCCACCAGCGACAGAGAUCAGCGGAGAGGUAAUCAAUGCAAGUCAGGAGAUUCUCGACGCAGGCUUCGGAUAUGCUGCAACUAACGGGUCAUCGGGGCCUACCAAUGUCAAUAAGCCUUCGUCAGCCACAUGGUCACGACCACCGACCUCAAUGCAGGAUAAAGGCGUCUUCCUCACGCUCACGCUCCGUCACAGCCCGAAGACUUUGGUCUGGCACAGAAGAGGAGAAUACUUCGCCACAGUCUGUCCAGAAGCGACAUCAGAACGCUCCAAAGCUGUCGCCAUCCACACUCUCAGUAAGCACAUGACACAACACCCCUUCCGAAAGCUCAAGGGCUUCGCUCAGACAGCAACCUUCCAUCCAAGCAGACCCCUCUUCUUCGUCGCCACGCGACAACGCAUCAGAAUCUACGACCUCCAGCAACAGAAGCUCGAAAAAGAACUCCAGCCAGGAGCGCGCUACAUCUCCAGCAUUAGCUUACAUCCCCUGGGCAACAAUCUCCUCGUCUCCUCCUACGACAAGAGAUUGUUGUGGCACGAUCUUGAUCUUGGCAGCACGCCAUACAAAACACUUCGAUACCAUUCGAAAGCGAUUCGACAAGUCAAGUUCCACCCCACGCUACCUCUCUUCGCGGAUGCAUCUGAUGAUGGUACGGUGCAAAUCUUCCACGGGAAGGUUGUGGGAGACAGUAUGGAGAAUGCUACCGUUGUGCCGUUGAAGGUAUUGAGGGGCCACAAGAUCAAGAACGACAUUGGAGUGAUGGACUUGGAGUGGCAUCCUACCGAGGCGUGGCUUGUUACGAGUGGUGCUGAUGGAACGGUCAGGUUGUGGACGUAG